AUGGCGAGCACUAGCAAGGUCGUGGCGAUUUUUGCCAUUCUGGUUUUCGUGCAGGUGUGGUGCGCCGCCGGGCAAGUCUACAACGUCCCAGCGGUGAUGUCGCUGAACGGCUUCGAGCAGGGAGAGGAGGGCGGGCCGGCGAAGUGCGACGGCCAGUACCACAGCGACGACCUCUACCUGGUGGCGAUGACCUCAGUGUGGUAUGGGCCAGGUCUCCGGUGUGGCAAGAUGAUCAGCAUCAAGAGCUCUGGCGGGAGCAGCCUGCAGGCCAUGGUCGUGGACGAGUGCGACUCGGACAACGGCUGCGGCGCUACCGAGAUCAGCACGUCGGCCGCCGUGUGGAAGUUCUUUGGGCUUGACACCAGUGUCGGCGAGGUGGCCGUCACCUGGUCGGACGUCUAA